AUGGAGAUUAGCAUUUCCAAGUUGAUUAGGUUAUGGAUUGCUGAGCAAUUCGUAAAGGAGAGAAGCAAUAAAAGGUUAGAAGUUGUGGCAGAGGAGUAUCUUGAAGAGUUAAUUGAUAAAAGUCUAAUUUUGGCUGGUAAACAAAGGGCUAAUGGAAGGAUGAGAAGUUGCAAAAUUCACGAUCUUCUUCGCCAACUAUGCCUAAGAGAAGCUCAUACAGAAACUGUUGUGCAUUUCAUGAAUGAGAAUGUUCCAAUGUCCUCAGAAGCCAUAUAUGAUCAACGACGAGUGAUCGUUCCAUCUAAACUUCAACAUGUGAGAUUUUAUCCUACAAGGCAUAGCAGUGGUAUCACAAGUAUGACCCGCACCUUUGCUACAACAAAAGAUAAUUAUAUUAAAAUGCAAACAAGUUCCAUUGUUUCACAGUUCAAGUUGCUUAAGGUGUUAGACGUAUUAUUAGUCUGGAAAGAUUUCAGUUGUAUAAUACCUCAGCUUGUACAUUUGAGAUAUGUUGCUGCGAAUAUUGAGAAAGCUUUUUCACUAGACAAAUUGAGAAAUCUAGAGACCAUAAUUCUUGUAAAAACCUGA